CUACCAACUUCAAACCUCGAUGGUUUUAAUCUCUGAAACUUCCGACGACGGUUAUAAUGGCGGCGAUCAUCGAAACAAGAAACCUAAAGAAGAAGAUAAUCGAAACAAGAAACUGAAAGAAAAGGUUGUUAAAGUGUCGCUACCGAUUCCAAACGAACUCAUCUUACGUUGCUUCCUACUCGUUCGGAGAUGUCACCACCCGUCGCUUUCCCUCGUCUGUAGUUCCUUCCAUCGUCUCAUGUCGAAGCUCUACGACGAUCGCUUGCGUCUCGGCUACACAGAAAACGUUCUUUACGCCUACGUUGGAUUCCCUCCUGUUGAAAACCCUAGCUGGUACAUUCUCCAUCGGAAACCCUAUCGAUACUUGCCUAACACGAUUUCUUUAAAACUGUGCAAACUCGAUUCCCUCCCUCCCAUGCCUUGGAGAUCUACUGUCGUCACUAUCGGAUCGGAUAUCUAUGUCAUCGGUGGACGCGUAAUAAGCCAUAGACGCGGAGAUACAUCCAUAAGAGGUGGACGCACAGGCGAGCAACGCAUCUCGGAUGUGACGCACGAGUAUCGCUCGCUCCCUAGUAUGAAGGUGGCUCGCUGCCGUGCAGCCGCAGGUGUAAUUGACGGAAAGAUUUAUGUGAUCGGAGGGUGCAAGGUACGAGCUUCUGAUUGGGUUGAAGUGUUUGAUGUAAAGAAACAGAGUUGGAGUUCUGUGCCUGGUCCAUACCCUAAAGCGUUUGAAAGAGAAGAGUUUCUGACAUAUGCGGUGAUGAAGGAGAAGAUAUACUGUUUGGAUCUUUUUAGCAAUGUUCAUAUUUAUGAUCCCAAGGAAAGUAAAUGGGAGUCUUGGGUUUCUGGAGCGUUGAGUUAUUUUUGGAAUGAUUCGUCUUGUGUGAUUGAUAAUUUGCUGUUUUGCAAGAAUACAAUAGUGCGGUUCCAUGGAUGGCGGCCAGUAAAAAUAUAUGAUCCAGAGCGGAAGGUUUGGUGUUUCUUGGAAGGUUUACAAGGUUUUCCAGAAAAUAUCUUUCUCGAUGAAUGUAAAAUGGCUAAUUUUGGUGGGAAGUUGCUGAUUUUGGGCGCUGAUGUGAGCCGGAUUAGGGGGAAUGACGGUAGGAAAAGAGAGAUUUGGUGCAUAGAGAUUGCUUGGGAAAGAAAGGAAAAUGGUAGAUUUUGGGGGAAGGUCGAAUCAGUCGCGGUUGUGCUUACACCAACAAAGACGUCUUCUGUUGAUCUUUGUAGAACUGUUACGGUUUGA